AUGCAGACGGUGGCACUCCCGAAAGGUGUUUGUGCAGAAAUUGAAAAGAAGACUCGGCGUUUCAUAUGGGGCAAAAACGAACAGACAGGAGGGAAUAAAAUAAGCCUUGUGAAUUGGGAGCUGGUUACCACGGGAAAAGCGAAGGGCAGGCUUGGCCUAAGGAAACUACAUGAAAUGAACAAUGUGUGUAUGGCUAAGCUAUAUUGGCGCUACCGAACGGAAGCUUCAGCACUGUGGGCAAGGACCUUGGCCUCCAAAUAUAAACACAGGGUGGGAGCUACCAUGGACGUUUCAAGCCGGCGUGAAAUCUCCAACGUGUGGCGUGGUAUGUGUAAUGCCAAUGUGAUCCUGGAGAAGGGUGUAAUGCAUAUCGUUCAGGAUGGCGCUUCUACGCGGUUCUGGAUGGACGUGUGGCUGACUUCCUAUUCUUUGUAUGAGAAGCUGCUCCGGCUCCUGAGCCUCCCGGAGCUUUACGCAAAUGUUGACGAGUACUGGGAUCAAUACAGGGGAUGGAAAUGGGAGAAGCUCGAGCCGUUUUUACCACGGGAAGACUUGGAGGCUUUGGCUGCUUUUGGGCUUACGGAAGCAGGAAAUCCUGAUGAGUGGGGAUGGAAGUUGGACCCUCGUGGUCGUUUUUCAGUAAAGUCCGCCUAUAGUAAAAGGGAGGACCUAAAUCAUCUCUUUAGGGAAUGCAAAGCGGCCAGGCCCAUUUGGGAAGACUCUUUGCAUUGGCGGUUGAGGGAGAAGCUGCGUACUGUGGACUGGACAGAAUGGUUUACAGUUAAUCUUCGGGGAGACGCGAAGGAUGGGUUCGCAGAUGACUGGCCCGAGAUUUUUUACAUAAGACUUUGGUGGAUAUGGAAAUGGCGGAAUGAGGACGUCUUCAAUGAAAUGAACACGCCUGUAGAUCAGAGGUUAGCAUGGCUGCGCAAAUAUGAUAAGGAGGUGUUGGGGGCUUUCAAGUCGAAAAAAGUGGCAAGGCAUGGGCAAAACAUCUACGUUGAUACCCGUAUCUCUUGGACUAAGCCGCCACCAGGGUGGCUCAAGCUAAAUGUGGAUGGCAGCUAUAGGCGUAAUGGUUUAGCUAGCUGUGGAGGAGUGCUGCGCGACGAAAAUGGGGACUGGUGUAAGGGGUUUGCAUACAACAUUGGAAGAUGCUCGGCGAAAGCUGAAGAGGCGUGGGGUGUGCUGCAAGGGCUACGGGUGGCGAAGGACUUCGGAGCCUCGAGGAUUAUUGUUGAGUGUGAUUCUAAGGCUACGAUGGAGAGUUUGUGUGAGAAAGAAGGAUGGAGAAGCCAAUGCCAUAACAUUGGCAGGCUCUGCAUGCGAGAAGCUUUAGGCCUGGUGGAAGUGCGAUACACACAUGUUUUCAGAGAACAGAACCGGGUAGCGGAUAAACUUGCAACUAUGGACGAGGGGGGUGGAGUUGUUUUUUACGCUAUUAUGACUUACCUCCGCAUGCGAUCAUUGAGCUGCUAUCUUUGGACAAGAAGGCAGGGCGGCGAAGGGUUUGACGUAAAUGCAGAUGAGAUUGAUGGUUAUUAUGUGGUCUCGUCUCAUUUAAUAAAGGGAGGUGACGAGGUGAUGAAUAAUGAACAAAACAACGUAGGUGAAGGUGAGAUGUAUGGUCCAAAGGGACAGUGUUAUUCCCAGUCGUCUUUGGAACCACUGCACGUGGCCUGGAUGGGUACGUUCUUCCCAUAA